ACUUUGACUUAAAAUAUGUGUUUUUCAUUGAAGGUGGCAAGAGAAGGAACUGGUGGUGAUCUGCCCUAUAGGAUGGCCAUCCAUCCUGGUGGAGAUGGUCUGAUAUGUUCAAUGCCAAAAAGCUGCAGAUGGUUUGACUGGGAUAUUCAGAGAGCUGAUAAUCUUUCACUUGGUCUAAGAUCAUCUGAGAGAGUACUUGAGCCAUUGCAAGAUGUUGGACAACAAUUAGCGCUAACUUUUAAUAAUGAAGGUUCUUUACUUGCUGUCGGCAGUGAGGAUGGCAAGUUGAGGGUUUUCAAGUGGCCCAGAAUGGAAAUUAGUCUUGAUGAGGCUAAUGCUCAUGCUUCUGUGAAGGAUCUAGACUUCAGCCCUGAUGGAAACUUUCUUGUUUCUGUUGGAAGCGGCCCUUGCCGUAUUUGGGACGUCUCUAAAUCAACAUCUGUAGCUUCUUUGAUGAAAGAAAAUGAUGAGAUCUUUGGCUAUUGUAGAUUCUCACCAGUUAAUGAUGAGAAUCAGGUUCUAUACAUCACCACAAUGCGAGAUCAAGGUGGAAGUAUUUCGAAGUGGAGUACUACUACGUGGAAGAGGAUAAGAUCAAAGCGUGUUGUUCGUGAUCCUGUUUGUGCCUUUAAUAUUUCACCCAAUGGGAAGCUUCUGGCAAUAGGAACAAUCGAGGGAGAUGUACUGAUAGUUUCUUCUAACAACUUGCAAGUGCAAAAUGUGGUGAAAAAGGCUCAUCUUGGUCUUGUGACAACAUUGAAGUUCUCGGAAGAUUCGAGGGCUUUGCUUUCUGCCUCCAUGGAUUCAAGAGUGAGAGUGACAAUUAUAAAGGAAGAGAAGAAAAGUGGUCUGAGCUUGUGGAUCGUUAUACUCGUCCUUCUGAUUGCAAUAGCUGUAUUUUACGCAGCAAACAACGGGAUUCUUCCGUUGGAGUUAAACUCUACUUAAAUGACGAGCUUUACCCAGAACUCAGAAGUAUUGUUAGAAUGGUUAUGUUUAUAGGUGAAACAAUAUCUGUGGCAUUUUUGAAAGCUGGAAAGUAGUUUUGGAUUCUAGUUUAAGUUAAAGGAUAUGUGGUGUUUUGAGUGUGCUUCAAGUGUUAGACAGUUCAAUUCUCCAUUAGAUUCUCACUGUACAAAACAAGUUGUUGACUAUUUCUUCCAUUUCAACUUUAUUUGGUAGAUCUUUCUCAAAAUAAA